AUGGUCCGUGCAUUGCCAAGCCACCACUUAGCGAGCACCGUCCGCACUGCACCUUUCCAACGAAUUUACCAGCUCGAACUUCUUCAUCGACCUCCAUCCGACAUCAAUCCGGUAUCCACGACUCCGCACAACCGUCAAGAUGCUUAUCCCCAAGGCCGAUCGCAAGUUGAUUCACGAGUUAGUGCUCUCCCACCAAUCUCAUCACAGGCGCAAUUGCGACGGCACAUUUGGUCAAUAUUGUUCAGCUUGCACAUGAGUACCUCUUCCGCGGUUAGUAUACUCCCCGUACUCGCGAGCCAUGGCUAUGGCAAAGGCGUUCUCGUUGCGAAGAAGGACUUCAACCUUCCCAAGCACGGCGACAUUGACACCAAGAACCUUUACGUCGUCAAGGCCUGCCAAUCGCUCACCUCCCGUGGCUACGUCAAGACCCGUUUCUCAUGGCAAUACUACUACUACACCCUCACCCCUGAGGGUCUCGACUACCUCCGCGAGUGGCUCCACCUCCCCGCUGAGAUUGUGCCCCAGACGCACAUCAAGCAGCAGCGCACCCACGCUCCUCCCCGUGGCAUGCUCGGCGGUGACGACCGUGAGCGCCGUGGCGGUGGCCGUGGUGGACGUGGCGGUGACCGUGAGGGAUACCGUCGUCGUGAUGCUGGCGAGAAGGGCGAGGGCGGUGCUCCCGGCGAGUUCAAGCCCGAGUUCCGUGGUGGCUUCGGACGUGGCCGUGGCGCUCCCGCUUCUUAG